AUGCCGUGCAAUCGCACUGAAGGGAUGCCUCGCGGGGACUUCAGCAUUUAUUUUGCCGGCAAGCGCGGCGGAUAUGUCAGAGCUGAGGAGGCAGUGGGAGUAGCUUUGCUGGUGGUCAUUUUGGCAGCUGUCCUCAUCCUGGGCUGCUGGUACUUCCGGCGAAGGAGCGGCUACAAAAUGAUUAGAAGUCCCAGGACAGGGUCACCAGGCUACACACGUGGUCAGUACAGUGAGGCAGGACCCUCAGCAGAUAACAAGAUGGCUCUUAGUGACUUUGGCAACCUCCGAUCUGUGAUUCCUAAUGCUCCUCCUGCCUAUGAGAAGAUAUCAUCUGGGCCACUACCACCUCCAUAUUCCCCCUGA